ACAGCCGCACCAAUCAGGUGACCAGAUUCUGCAUCCUGGGUCUCAAGCAGCAUUCCCACCCAGUCAAUAUAUGACUGAAGGUUGUCAGUGUGUCACAGCGUGCAAAGGUAAAUAGCCCCAAGACGCAGCUACAGCAACGAAAACGUUCAGGAUGUCUGUGAAGCUGCUCGGUCUCUGUCUGCUGCUGGUACUGUUGUGUCCCAGCUGGGCCGAAGAACAGACGUGUCUCACAUCUGCCUCCAACUGUGACGAGUGCAUCCAGUCCGGCCCGGCGUGUGCUUGGUGCACCGCCCCUCAAUCUACCAUCCGCUGUCAUACCUUGAAGGGGCUGCGGAGAGCAGGCUGUCGUAAAAGAUACGUGUAUAACCCUGAGGGCAUGGUGCAGGCUGACAAGAAUGACAGCAGCAGCACCGAACCAGCAAAUGCCAAGGCCCUGUUCCUCCAGCCCCAGGAGUUCUCCAUCCGUUUGAGGCCGGGUGUGAGCCAGUCCUUCCCUAUCACUAUCACCAUGCCAACAGACCAGCCUAUCACAGAGCUGAUCAUGGACACCAGCCCUGUGCCAGCGGGAGUCAACAUGACAUUCAGUAGCAUCAUGAAUGGAAACCAUCUGGUCCUACAGGUGAAUAUUGAGGCUGCCCAGUGUCCCAGUGAGAGUGACGACUCAAACCAGAACAGGACUGGGCCCUGGUCUGUCCAGAUCACACCCAGAGGCUUUUCACUGAGUGUGAAGUUAGAGAUAACUCUGGAGUGUCAGUGUGACUGCACAAGACACCCUGAGGAAAGCAGCCCUGGCUGCAGUGGCCAUGGGGCUCUGGUGUGUGGCCAGUGUGAGUGCCACAAGCCUUACACUGGACAACAGUGCCAAGAGGAGGACACUGAUUCCAUUUUUUCACGAAGUGAAGACUUCUGUCGCUCAGGCCCGAAUGCCCCUCUGUGCAGCAGCAGGGGGAAAUGUGUGGAAGGAUUCUGUGAGUGUGAAAUGAGAGUAAACCCGCAAGAAAGAUACAGCGGACAAUUCUGCGAGUGCAGCAACUUUGACUGUCUACACCACAACGGCAGGAUAUGUGGAGGCCAUGGGAGGUGCGAGUGUGGACGCUGCAUAUGUGAUGACGACUGGACCGGUGAAGGCUGCGUCUGCUCCAUGGAAACGGCUUCCUGUAUGGCAACAAACCAGAGGCUGUGUAACGACAGAGGGUCUUGCCAGUGCGGAAUGUGUAAAUGUGAGCCACCAUACGCAGGCCCGACCUGUGAGGAGUGUCCCGUUUGUACGGGCAGGUGUGAGCAGCACAAGGCGUGUGUGGAGUGUCGGGCGUUUGGGACAGGAGCGAAGAGGAACAGGUGUGAUCAAGAGUGUGGCCACCUCAGCUUGACAGUGGUGGAGACCAAAGAUGAUAUGCCUAAACCAGGAGAAACUAUUGCAUUCUGUAAAAUGGUGAGCAGUGAGGACUCUUGCUUCUUCUACUACACCUUCUCCAGCACGCCCUCUGGAGGACAGUGGACUGUGGUGCGGGCUAAGGAAUGUCCUGGGGAUUAACCAGCAAGGAGGAGGAGUGUGUGACGAAAGGUGUCCCAAUCCCACUUUAACGUAACUACUGGUCCAAGUCAGCUUCAUGCAUUGAGUUUUAGUUCACUAGACAUUCAGUUUCAAUGUUUUUUUUGUUCUAAAUCCCUAAAUGUGUAUUAAUUAUUGUAAGAAAAUAGAUAAAUAAAAUAAUUUCCAACCUUAGAAA